CAGUGUAAACUAUUUUCACUACAAACUUGGGUGUUUCUCCACCGUUGGUGCCACUCGCACAAAAACCAAUUUUAGUAUAAGCUAAUGAAACAUAAAAAAUUAUGAACAUAUUGGUCUUGAAAUAAAUUCCAAAUUCCAUAUAUAUGCAUAUUCCGUCAAUCAGUUUGACGUUCUAAUAAUAGAAAUAAUUUUGAAAUGCAAAUAAGAUUUAGUUUUUUUUAUUCGUCACGACCCUUCUAGAAGUACAAACUACUACGACUGGUUACGACACGAUCCUUACUCUUAUCUACGAAUUUACUAUCCAUGUCAAUUGAACUGAAAUUAGUGCUUUAAUCUACUAACUAGUGUUUAUAUCGAGUGUUUAAAUAAUGGCUUUGUUGACGAAAAAAGAGGACAGACAAUCUUACGUACUAAUGCCGGUACUCCUCAGUGCCUGUGCAAUUCCAAUUUCUAUGCUUUUAUGGAUCAUAAACGUGAUAUAUUCGACUUUUCAUCCGGAUACUGCGGACCACUUCGAAGAGCAUCUGGUGGUGUCACCAUGGAGGUGGUUAGCUGCGGUCGUGAUUCCUAUUUUUAUAGCGUUUUGGGGGUGGAGGAAGAAAAGUGUUAACAUCAGCGGUGCUCUUCUUGGCAUGUUCAUGGGUUUUAUUCUGACACUAACAAGUUACGCUCAUCUGGCUUGUCUCUUCUCAUUCUUUGUUACCUCUUCCAAGGCAACGAAAUUUCGUUCCGACAGAAAGAAAAAGCUUGAAUCCGAUUUUAAGGAAGGUGGACAAAGGACCUGGAUUCAAGUGUUGUGCAAUGGGGGUAUGGCGACGCAAUUGGCGCUUCUGUAUUUACUGGAUGUAGGCUGCGGAGAACGACCUAUCGAUUUUGAUAAGAAUUAUAGAGGUUCCUGGUUGUCUGUUGGAAUUUUAGGAGCAUUCGCGUGUUGUAACGGUGACACGUGGGCUUCCGAAAUUGGAACGGUUGUCGGUAGUGGAGAUCCUUUUCUAAUUACUACAAGAAAAAGAGUACCGAGGGGAACAAAUGGUGGUGUCUCUUGGGUGGGUCUAUUAGUUUCCGCGCUCGGUGGUUUGACAGUCGGAUUGUUUUAUUACUUAACCAUACUAUACACUGUAGACACGGCUGUGAUUCAACUAGCUGCACCGCAGUGGCCUAUUAUUGUUGUUGGAGGAAUUGGAGGUUUAUUUGGUAGUGUCUUAGAUUCUAUUCUAGGAGCUACUUUACAGUAUUCCGGAAUCAAUGAUAACGGAGUAUUAGUAGAACAUCCUGGGAAAGGGAUAAAACAUAUUUGCGGUAGACAAAUUUUGGACAAUCACAGUGUCAAUCUUUUAUCGAGCGUCGUGGUCGCUCUGACUUUACCGAGGAUAGCAAACUUAAUUUGGCCUUAAGAAAAUAUGUUUAAUUAAAUACUUAAUUAAUUGAAUACAAUCUUUAAUUAAUUAAAUAUUUAAUUAAAUCUGUGUAUUUAUUUACAUAUUUAAUUAAAUGUAUAUUUAUAAACAUAUGUACUUUUACUCCUGCGAAUUUUAUUAAUAUGACUCCGAGUGCUUGUAAUAGUUUAUUGAUAGUUAAAGUAAGAAAUUAUUAUUUAAAUUAUUUUUCAUUAUUUUUACAAUACGUAUUUUGUUAACAUUGUAAGGGAUGGAGGUAUGUAGGUAUGUAGCAUGUAACAAGAGACAUUUAUUUUUAUCUUAACCGUCCAUUUCGUACAUGCCUUUUAAUUUCGAGGUUCAAAUGUAUUCUAUGUUAAAAAUAGGAAACAACAGUUUGUGUGAAAAGAACACAAUCGGUGACCUUACGAUUAUGGAUUAUAUUCCUAGUUUGAUCUGUAAAUCAUUAUGCAUUAAAACUUUUUAUAAAUUUCCUUGUA